UAGUACUAAACUGGUUGCAGGGAAACUAUGUAAGCUAACGCCAGCUAACGCUUCUUUUUGUAGCAAGGGAACUUGCUAGAGGUUCUCCUUUCCAUAAUCCUUACACUAAGCGAAAGUGAGGCUACGAUUUAAACCACAUUGAGAGGUUUUCUCAACCGGGAAAAGUUUUACGCGUCAUGUAGUCUAGAAUUAGCAACAUUUCACUAGCGGAAUCUGACUGACUCCAGUCUCCAGGCUUUAGUCGGGAGAUUUUGACUGGUCAAAAAUGAGGCGCCUGCUAAGCUAUGUUAUUAUUGCACCUAGAAUACUCCGUACCAUGUGGGUGACAGUGUCCCCGCAUAAAUUAAAGAGCCCUUCUGUUAUGAUGUGCACCUCGUCUUUUCAGGGAGACAGUGUUUGCAAUGGGACGCAGAGCAAAAAGCCGUUGCUGUCGGACCCGCAGCUGUUUGAAGCGCAGUUCAGUGAGCUGGUGGCAGAGCUCACCGAAAGAGACUUUAAGGAUCCCGACUUGGCUGAUGCUUUGGACAGGCUGAGACAGAUUAUGGUAUACAAUGUACCUGGAGGCAAGAAGAACCGGGGUCUGUCUGUGAUUGGUUCACUGCGGGAGCUUCUCCCACCGUCUCAGCUCACACAGGACACUGUGCAGCGGGCUUUAUUGGUCGGCUGGUGCAUUGAGAUGCUUCAGGCAUUUUUUCUCAUGGCGGAUGACAUUAUGGACGGAUCUCUGACUCGAAGAGGACAGCCCUGCUGGUACAAGCGGGAUGGUAUAGGUUUGGAUGCCAUCAAUGAUUCGUUUCUUGUGGAGGCAUCAAUCUACAGACUACUGCGGCGACACUGCAGAGAUCAGCCCUACUACGUCCACUUACUGGAGCUAUUUAAUGAAACGACUUUCCAGACAGAGCUCGGUCAAUCUCUGGACCUCAUGACUGCUCCACCUGGUCAGAUUGACCUCAGCAGAUUCACCAUGAAAAGAUAUCAAGCUAUAGUAAAAUACAAGACAGCCUUUUACUCGUUUUACCUCCCAGUGGCAUCUGCAAUGUACAUGGCAGGAAUUAAUAGUGAAGAGGAACACAGUAAUGCCAAAAACAUCUUACUUGAGAUGGGCGAGUUUUUCCAAAUACAGGACGACUACUUGGAUUGUUACGGCGACCCUGCAGUGACCGGAAAGAUCGGUACAGACAUCCAGGAUAAUAAAUGCAGCUGGCUGGUAGUGAAAGCUCUGGAAAUCAUGAGUCCGAAGCAGAAAGCAGAACUGGAAGCUUGUUACGGGCGUGAUGACGAGGACAGCGUGGAAAAGGUCAAAGCACUGUACAACACCUUGCAAAUGCAAACAUUGUAUCACAAAUAUGAAGAGGAAAGCUACCAGCGGUUGCAGAAACUCAUCGCUCAUCAUGCCCAGAACCUUCCUCACUCAAUCUUCCUCAAUUUUGCCAAGAAAAUCUACAAGAGGAACAAGUGAGGGAUCAUGCUGUUUAUUAGAGAGUGUAUAAUUAGUCUCAGAUGUAGUGCAUUCCAGAGGGCUUUCUGUUUCUAUCUGGUUUUAUUGAGCAUCUGCCUUGUAACCUUUUUCUUUUUCAAAAAGGGGAAAAUGAAUACUGCAGGGUUUGUUUUUAUUUAGUCUUCUUUUUUUUAAGACAAGCUUCUGACUUCAAUAGGGCUGUGAUUUUGAGAAUGUCAGUCUAUUUGAUUCCGUCUGCUAUUUAUUAAACCAGCUGCUUACUCAUACUGUAUGUAAUUUGGAAUGAAUCAAACAGACCUGGAUUUUAUCUUAGCGUUUGCCUGAUCUGAUUAAUUUCAUGGCUAGGCGACAAAAUGCUGAAAAUACUCCCAUGUAUAGAUUUACUUUUUGAUUAGGCACGACAGGGACAGUACAUAAAAGUGGGUACAUCCUGGCACAGUAUUUCUAUAUACUGAAUGUUUUUAUAUUGGUGCUAUAGUCUGUACUGGCCUGGAUGUUAUUUCUUUUAAUAAUAAAAUUAUUUAUGCUAAAUA